CUCACUCUCACUCUCACGCACACUCACUCAUUCACACAUAACCGCCGGUCCCGUUCCCUUUGCAGCUCCGCGCCCUUGCCUCGAUGGAGGAAGAGGGAGGCAAUAAGCAGCGGGGAUUCAGGGCAGCCGGAGGGGGAGCGACAGAGGUGGGAGAGAAAGAGCGAAGUAGGAUGGGAAGCUCGAGGGGCUGAGAGGUUGCUGCGCGCGCACUCGCACACAAAGGAGACGGAGGAGGAAACGGGCAGUGCCGCGCUUUGUGUGCUGAGGGGGCGAAGCGCCGGCGUCUCCCACCUUCCUCGGAAAGCAGCAGCGAGGAGAGGUGCGCCGAGAGGUCGGCCUCGUUGGGACAGUUGGGGUCUCGGCGCGGAGCGGCGCCCUUUGGUAUCAGGAGGGUCCACCAUAAGCCAUAUCCACACUGAAGAAUUAGCCAGCCAAACAAGUGAAGAUACAAACCUGUGUGGUUGAGAAUAUAGCGCUAUGUUCCAAGCUAAGGGACCAUCCAGUACAGCCUCUUCUAAUGAAGCAAAGAGCAACACAGGGACAUCCAUUGUGCAGAGAUCCAAGUCAUUCAGCCUGAAGGCCCAGGUGAAGGAGACGUGCAGCGCCUGCCAGAAAACUGUCUAUCCUAUGGAACGCCUGGUGGCUGAUAAAUUUGUCUUCCAUAACUCCUGCUUUUGCUGUAAGCAUUGCCACACCAAACUAAGCUUGGGUAGUUAUGCAGCUCUCCAUGGGGAAUUCUACUGCAAGCCACAUUACCAGCAGCUGUUCAAGAGCAAAGGCAACUAUGAUGAAGGUUUUGGGCGCAAGCAGCACAAGCAACUCUGGUUGCAGAAAGAGGUGGAGAAUGGUACUGAUACAGCAUGACCCACAGCCUAUAGUUCCCCACUUUGAGACCCUUGAUAUGGGGAUGAACUGAGCUGAUGGAGAGCAGUGGUAAUUGCAAGAUGGCUAGGAGCAGGAAAGGCUAAGCAAGAACAAACUAUAGUUUUAAUGGACUGUGGAAAGAACUAAGUACCCAAAAAACUACACAGACCAUAUUGAAAGUGGGACAUUUUGCUCUACUCAUGCAAAAGCAGGAACACUAAUGCUACAAAGAGGAUAGGAUCAUACUAGUAAUGCAAUUACAAUCAGGAUUGUAGCUAAACAGUUUGAUUAGACAAGCUGUAAAUGUGAUAUUUCACAUCUGUACAUCUCCUUGGCCAGGAGGAGCCUAUGGUGACUACACAUUAUUCCAUAUAGCAUGUUAAAUAAAACCAGUCUCCCCUUUAGCAAGUCAACCAGCAUCCUAACAGAUUAACUUGGAUGUUGCUUUCCUUACUCUUGUAUCUCAAGUCAAAGAAACUUUUCCAGCAGGCUUUAGGCAAUUCUUACAUUUUCUUUCUUUACAUCCAAUUUUGAAGGAGAUGGAGCACUAUCUAUUCCAAAUAUCUGGCCAACUGGAUAAACAAAUUGUGCUAAUAGGCAGCAACACAUUGAAUUCUGACAAUGAAUUUACUUAGAAUCCUAAAUAUAGCCUGAAUCUCCUUUCUUAUGAGGAGGCCACGCACUUCUGCUGCAGAGACUAUACACAUGAUGUCUAGGAGUGAAUAUGCAUGUAUUCAGCUUUAGAAAUUCUAAACAACGUUGAAAUAGAAAAUACAAUUCUUGGAUUUUUCAAGCAAGCAUAUAAAAACACUCCUGAACACUAAGAGGGGUGGGGGUAGGAUUGGUGUAACAGUUUCAGAAGCAUGUAUUAGUCCAAAGUCAUGGGGAACUUGGCUCUGAAAGGAGAUUGCAGACCUUGCACCCUAGUUCUCAUCAGCUCUGUUCUAUCCAUUCAGCCUUAAACUCUGGGGAAGAAUUCAGUAUCUUUUAUAUCUGCCUUUUUCAGUGGUAUGUGAUAAGCUGAAGCACACUCGUGGUGUUUGUGUCCAGAGUUGCGCUGUCUUAUUUUUGUAAUAUAAGUUUUCUGAGCCUUU